GUCGCGUCUUUUCGGCAACGUUCAUUCAAACGUGGUGCCGAGUGCCGACACUACCGACUCUCGCAGUUUCUGGCGCCGAUUUUCGCCGACUACUCCGUAUACGUUUCUGUACACGCGACAACGGCAUCUUCCCCGUGAAUUACUUUGACUUGAGGGGAGAUGACUGCCCCCGCGUGCCACGAUCGGCGGUCGAAGUUCAAUUGUCACUGGCACAAAACGUACGCGGUACUGUGAGCCGCGGCAGGUCGCACACGGCAGGUUAACCAGAACGACCGACACACGCACGUCCGCCGGACCACCGACGGUCGACGCCGAAUAAUACGCGGAGUUUAUCGUAAAUCGAAACGAGGAUGAAUACGCCGCAGUCGAACAAGAAGAAUAAGAAGAUAGGGCGAAGCAGAAUGGGUGUACCCAACGAAAGCGCGAGCCCUUCGAACGCGGAGACCCUCAGCACCCAGGAGGCAACAAAGUUUGUUUUGGUAAAUCCCAUAGGAGAGGAAGGAAACAAGUCAAUUAAGUUAGCUAUCUUAGAUGUAAUCCCUAUAAUUUCUAUGGAUGCAAGUAUGUGCGACGAGAAAGUGCAAAAAAGUAAUGUGGCAUCACUGGAAAAGGAGAAAGAAGACAAAAAUAUUCUGAGCUCUUUACCUGUCGCCAGCGUUAAGGAAAUAGAAGGCUAUGAGGAUCAAUUAGGAGAGACUGAACCACUUCCAAAUUCUUAUAUUAGAUUUAUGGAACGCAGUGGCGAAGAGCUUGAUGGAGAAGUAGAAUACGAUUUGGACGAAGAAGACACGGCAUGGCUUUCUAUCGUGAACGAAAGAAGGCUGGCCUCUGGAUUAACACCUGCAUUGGAGCCCGAUACGUUUGAGCUUUUGAUGGACAGACUAGAGAAAGAGUCGUAUUUCCAACAACAGAGUAACGGCGGCGGUGGUACUGCUGCAGACGAAGACGCCGUCUGUUGCAUUUGCAUGGACGGCGAAUGUCAGAAUAGCAAUGCGAUUCUGUUCUGCGAUAUGUGUAAUCUUGCUGUUCAUCAAGAUUGUUACGGUGUACCGUACAUACCCGAGGGACAAUGGUUGUGUAGAAGGUGCCUACAGAGUCCAUCCAGAGCGGUAGAUUGCGUCCUCUGUCCGAACAGAGGCGGCGCCUUCAAACAGACCGAUCGUCCUGCUUCAUGGGCUCAUGUGGUAUGCGCUCUAUGGAUACCAGAAGUGAGAUUCGCCAACACUGUAUUUCUAGAGCCCAUCGACAGUAUAGAGAGUAUACCACAGGCUCGCUGGAAGCUCACGUGCUGCGUGUGUAAGCGCAAAGGGGCUGGCGCGUGCAUUCAGUGUCACAAGAGCAACUGUUACGCUGCAUUCCAUGUGACUUGUGCUCAACAGGCUGGUCUGUGCAUGCGGAUGAGAACGGUACAGCCUGCUAAUGGUGAACCAAUGCUCGUGCAAAAAACAGCUUAUUGCGAAGCGCAUACACCUGUUGAUUAUCAGCCUUCCACGAAUCCUGUGGAUGCGCGAAGGAGAGCGAUAGCCAACAAGAAAAGCUCGUCAGCACCUGUUAUUUCCAUCCCCACCAUACCGCCUGAGAGAAUCAGAGAAAUUGCUAGUUUAGCGGAAGGAAUACCAAAAAGAAGUCAAUUGAUACAACGUCUUAUUGCCUAUUGGACUCUGAAACGACAAUACCGAAACGGUGUUCCACUUCUUAGAAGAUUGCAAAGUUCUCAUCCACAAUCUAGACCACUUCCGCUCGGGGAACACCCCUCUUCGCCGACGCAUGAUAGCGAAUUGCGAGAAGAAUUGUAUCGUCAGCUUAAAUAUUGGCAGUGUCUACGUCAAGAUUUGGAACGUGCCCGAUUGUUAUGUGAAUUGGUACGGAAGCGUGAAAAAUUAAAGAAAGAAUUAAUCAAAGUAAAGGAAAAAUGUUUAUGGCUACAAUUGCGACCAAUGGAAAGUGUUUUACAUGCAUUGUUAGAAGCUAUAAAGGCGAAAGAUACGAAUGAUGUAUUUGGGCAACCAGUUAAUAUCAAAGAAGUUCCGGAUUAUCUCGAAAUAGUAUCACAUCCUAUGGAUCUCUCUACUAUGCAGGCAAAAUUAGAAAAGCAUGAAUAUGGCUCCAUCACGGCUUUCGAGGUUGAUUUCAAUUUAAUGGUGAAUAAUUGCCUGGCAUAUAAUCGCAAAGAUACCAUGUUUUAUCGAGCAGGAAUGAAGAUGAAAGAACAAGGUGGAAGCUUGAUAGAACAGAUUCGCAAAGAUUAUCCUGAGCUCGAUCCGGUCUCUGAAUCCGAACAAGUCGGGUCUAAGUCGAGAAAGAGAGAAAGAUCGAAUCGUAAUCGCGUGGAAACGGAAUCGCAGUCCAGCGAGAAGGAGAUUGGCGGGGGUGGUGUAAAUAGGCGAACAGCGGUGUUGUUCACUCGCAAAGCUAGAGCGCGUAAUGCUAAAAGCGGCCAAAUGUUUUCUUCGGAGGAUGAUAAAAAGAAACAAAGUGACAGUUUUAAAGUAUAUAGGACUGGAGCAAUGGAUAGUGACGUAGGUGAAGGGGAAAGCCAAUCAUCAAGCUGUAGUAGUUGCCCCACGAGUAGAUCCACUACUCCUGAUGUAGAAGGGGAGAAGCAACAAGAUAUUACUGAUACAAAAAAAGAAAAUGAGAACAAACAAACGAGCACUGGUAGCGGCUUAGAAGCUUUGCAGCUCGUAUGGGCUAAAUGUCGUGGAUAUCCUUGGUAUCCAGCCUUGAUCAUUGAUCCUAACACACCUCGGGGCACUGUACAUAAAGGGGUACCGAUACCAGCACCGCCUGAUGAUGUCUUGGCGCUUGCAGACAAUUACAAAGAACCAGUUUUUCUUGUGCUUUUCUUCGACACAAAACGCACAUGGCAAUGGCUGCCAGGUGAGAAAUUAGAAAAACUUGGAGUAUCGCAAGAAGUGGACGAAGCAAAAUUAAUCGAAUCGCGAAAACCUGCGGAUAGAAAAGCCGUAAAGAAAGCUUAUCAAGAAGCUUUACAUUACCGUAAACAAACACAUAAUGCGGUGUUAGACAAUAUGUCCACUGGAUAAAUAUUGUAAAUAUGAUAUAGUAAAAUAUAUAACUAGUUUAAAAAAUAAUUAAAUAACUAGAAAUUAUGUAAUGUAUAAUAUAUAAUCUGAAAAGUUUUAAAUAAUUUAAACUAAGGAUUAAAAUGAUUUUGUUAUAAGUAAUAUCGGUAUGUAACUGAAAGUUUUAUAAUGAUAUUAUACUUUAUUUUACUUUAUAGUUGUACUUUAUCUUCAUAAAAAAUCUGUUUUUAUUAUGUGUAUGUGUAUACAUACAUACAUACAUACAUACAUACAUAUAUAAAUAAAUAAUGAGAAAACAAUAUUGUAAUUGAUACGAUUUUCGAAUUCAUGAAAGUUAUAACUUUCUAAAAUAUAUAUGUAUCCAGAAUA